AUGGCUGCGAAUUUGGGAUCUUUGAGGCAGAGCUUCGUUGAGAAAAGCAAAGAGAGGUUGCUCUCUCGAAAAUACUACUCAGAUGAUGAUUCGUUUAUCAUCCGCGAGGGAUUUUUCCACCGUCUGCGCCGGCACACGAGCGAGAGGCUCUCGAGGUGGUGGAGCCACGUCAAGGGGACCGCGACCAGCGCCUACGAGAUGGGUAGAUCCGACCCGAGAAAGGUGAUUUUCGCGGCUAAGAUGGGCGCGGCCUUGUCUCUAGUCUCGGUGCUGAUUUUCUUCAAGGAACCCUUGAGUUAUAUCGGGCAGUAUUCUAUUUGGGCUAUUCUUACUGUUGUUGUUGUCUUUGAGUUCAGCAUUGGGGCAACCUUAAAUAAAGGGUUUAAUCGAGCAUUAGGUACACUAUCUGCUGGGGCAUUGGCUCUGGGGAUUGCAGAAUUGUCUAAAAUGGCUGGGGAACUCCAAGAAGUUGUGAUCGUUUUCAGCAUAUUCAUUGCAGGCAAGAUUAUUUUUAUUACUAUUAGCCACUUGAAGUUGAUAAUCACUGUUUCUAGAUUGCUGCUAAUCGCAGUUGGGGCCGGUGUUUGUUUGCUCAUAAAUGUUUGUAUUUAUCCCAUUUGGGCUGGCGAGGAUUUGCAUAAACUCGUGGUGAAAAAUUUCAAGGGUGUCGCCACUUCUCUCGAAGGUUGUGUGAAUAUGUACUUACAAUGUGUAGAAUACACGAGAAUUCCUUCGAAGAUAUUACUUUAUCAGGCUUCAGAUGAUCCUCUAUACAAGGGAUACAGAACUGCAGUCGAGUCCACUAGCCAAGAAGAGUCUUUGUUAGGUUUUGCCAUUUGGGAACCACCUCACGGUCGUUACAAGAUGUUCAAUUAUCCAUGGAGUGAGUAUGUUAAAGUUAGUGGUGCCCUUAGGCAUUGUGCGUUUAUGGUGAUGGCAAUGCACGGAAGUAUACUUUCAGAAAUCCAGUGA